UGGGACCCUGCAGCGCGCUCGCUCGCUCGCUCUCUCCGUGCCGGCGGCUGUCCCCGCGGCUGGGCGGGCCAGGGCGGGGAAAUGUUGCAGGAGGAGUCGGACCUGUCCCUCAUCAUUGCCCAGAUAGUCCAGAAACUCAAGGGCUCCAAUCUGUACGCCCAGCUGGAGCGGCAGGCCUGGGCCUGCCUUCAGAGACCCGAGAUCAGACUUGAGUCACUCAAAGAAGAUAUUAAGGCAUUCUUUAAAAUAUCAGGUUGGGAGAAGAAACUUCAGAAUGCUGUUUAUAGUGAACUGAAUGUGUUCCCUUUGCCCAGUCAUCCUUCUGCGCCUGCUGAGCAUCUCAAAGAGCCUCUGGCAUACAUGAGGAAAGCACAGGGAAGUUGGGAAAAAAGAAUCUUGAAGAGUUUAAAUAGUAUGUGCACUGAACUGAGUAUCCCAUUGGCACGAAAGAGACCAGUUGGAGAACAGAAAGAACUUCUCAAUAAAUGGAAUGAAAUGGGAACUGAUGAGCCAGAUUUAAGCCUUUUUCGACCCGUUUAUGCGCCUAAGGACUUUCUUGAGGUACUAAUUAAUCUCCGCAACCCAAAUUAUGAAAAUGGUGAUUCUCUUAGUUUUAGGACUCAUUUGGGUUUAAUUCAAGUUCCUCUGAAAGUAAAAGACAUCCCUGAAUUGAAAGAAUGCUUUAUAGAACUUGGCUUAAAUACAGGACAACUGGGUAUAGAUGAUUCUACACAAGUACCUCCUGAACUUUUUGAAAAUGAGCAUGUGCGUAUUGGGCAAAAAGUCCUAGGGCAACAGGAUAGCGCUGCUGCCCAGCAGUACAUCCGGCAAGGAAGUCCCACGGCACUGAGAGCCGAGCUCUGGGCGCUCAUUUUGAACAUCUCCAGUCAACCCGAGGACAUCCUGUAUUAUGAGCAGCUUAAGACCAAUGUGAUCCAGCAUGACCUUUUGGUGGACAGUCUAAUUUAUAAAGAUGUGAAGCUGACAGCCAGCAACGAUGAUUAUUAUUUUGUAUUUGAAGAUUAUUUAUAUCAGGUAUUGCUUUGUUUUUCUCGGGAUACGUCUGUGCUGGGCCACUUUGCCUACAACAGCGCUUCACCACCGAAAUCAUACAUCAGAGGGAAGCUAGGAUUAGAAGAAUACGCUGUCUUUUAUCCACCAAAUGGUGUGAUCCCUUUCCACGGAUUUUCCAUGUAUGUUGCACCACUGUGUUUUCUGUAUCACGAACCGUACAAAUUGUAUCAGAUAUUCCGUGAGAUGUACGUCCGCUUUUUCUUCAGGCUCCACUCCAUCUCCUCCCAUCCGUCUGGCAUCGUGUCGCUCUGCUUGCUGUUUGAAACUCUUCUUCAAACCUAUCUUCCCCAACUCUUCUACCAUCUCAGAGAGAUCGGAGCUCAACCACUUCGUAUAUCUUUUAAGUGGAUGGUUCGAGCUUUCUCUGGAUACUUAGCUACAGAUCAACUCUUGCUUUUGUGGGACAGAAUCCUAGGAUACAACUCUCUGGAAAUUCUUGCUGUGCUGGCAGCCGCCGUGUUUGCUUUCCGAGCAGUGAACCUGAUGGAGGUGACGUCACUGGCCGCAGCUGAAGCAGUUCUGGCUGACCUUUCUACUUUAAAAGUUAUGCCUCUUCUUCAAAUUUUUCUGUUUGCUACCGUCACCUGAUCUUCGAGGUCACUGACAACACACCUAGUUUUUCAUUAGAAACUAAUCAUGAACUAUGCAAACUCUGCAUACAACCAAAAUUAAACUUUGCAUAUAAGCCAAUAAAGAUCAUGUUCCCUCCUCAGUUAAAGCUAAGAAGGUUUUCACUUUUUGAAACAAUAACCCUGCACACCAAAUACUGCAUUUGCAUGCUGAUUGGUGAGUGUCAAGAGAGAAGCAAUAGACAUCUCCUCUGCUGAACCAAGCAUCCUUCAUGCAGAUUCCUAACUUGUAACAGGCACCUACCAUAUAUGCAAUAAGAACUAAAGGCACUAUAAUAAACUUCAAGAGGUAACACAACUUCUUGUCAGUUUGUAAACUUCUCCUAGAUAAUAGUUCUGUUUUAUAACUUGCCCCCCACUAAAGCCAAUGAUGGGACAGGACGUGAAAAUGCUUGGAAAUAAUGAUGUGUUUGAGUGGGAAUUCAAAUGUGCUUUGGUAUUUAUUUUUUAAAUCAACUUUUAAUUUCUGAUGGAUUUUCAGAUCCCUUCCGUUUUCUUUCUCCAUUAAACAUCUCUAUCUGAAAAAGUUAUGCAGAUAUCUCCAUCCCCUAUUUUUGUUUGUUUGUUUGUUCGAGACAGCUUUAUAUAACCCAGGCAUAGCAGAGGCAGUCCCGCCUGCCUCCAUCUCAUGACAUUUUACUCCUCACUCUGGAAGUGAGAAGUGUAUAGAGGACGUCCUUCACACUUCCCCCCCUCCUGUGUAGAAGCCUGGCUCUGUUCCCUUGGAAGAAUCCAAGGAGGAGGAGUCAAACCACUUGGGCUUUGCUGAAGCUCAGCCCUUCCACACUGACUUCUGGAGCAGAAGAGCUCAGAGACAGCACAAGUGUUCAUCCAUUCUAGAACUGAAGCCAUUGUUCAAGGCAUCAGGUCUUGAUGAGUGUUUAAAUGAGCAAGAGGUUUGCUCGUAUAGUGCUUUAAUGAUAUAUCAGUAUAUGAAAUAGUAGUGUGUGAAAAACCAUUGUCUUCUGAUUUUAGAUGAAAAUUGAAGAUGCUGAUCACUCAAAUAAAACUCAAAUAAAUCAA